AUGCUUAAGAAACGUUUGGCGUCAUGGAAAAGUGGAGAAGUCGAUAAACUGUUGCACGAAGGAAGAGUGAUUGAAAGUCGUAUUGGAAAAGGAAUGAAAUCUGAACCACAAAACAAAGCAAACAGAUUUGCCAAACUUGUUAUCGAAGGUCAGAUAAACUCAGCAAUGCGCUUUCUGAACGAUGCUAGUUCGGGAAAGAUUCUAUCGCUAACAGAUAAUGUAAUGCAACAGUUACGAGAGAAACAACCAGAAGCACAACCAGCAAAAUCGAGAGUGCUACUUCGCGGACCAGUUUAAGAUAUACCAGAGAGUAUAUACCUCACAAUAAAUAGAGAAAUGAUACGAGACGCAGCUCUGGGGACAAAAGGAUCAGGGGGGCCAUCUGGUGUUAAUGCAAAUAUGUUUAAAAGAAUCCUUGCGUGUAAUUCAUUUAAGCAUUCGUCAGUAGCGCUUUGUGAUGCGUUAGAAACAUUGGCACGGAACCUUUGUACGGAUCAUGUUGACCCAUCGUCAAUAGAAGCUUUAGUUGCAAGUCGCCUUAUCCAAUUAGAUAAAGGUGGAGUUGGAGUUCGACCCAUUGGAGUUGGAGAAGUCGUACGAAGAGUAAUCAGCAAAAGCGUAAUGAAGGUUGUCAAAUCCGAUGUGAUGAAAGCAAGUGGUUCACUUCAGUUAUGUGCGUAUCAACCUUCCGGAAGUAAAGCUGCAAUUCACGCCAUGCGCAACAUUUUCGAAGAAGAUGACACUGAAGCGAUCCUACUCAUUCAUGCGUCCAAUGCAUUUAAUUUUCUAAAUAGAGCAGCCGCUCUCAACAACAUAAGGAUCAUAACAUAA